UGUGUCUCUUCAGUCUGUCUGUCCGUGCGUUUGGUUUGUUCCUCUUUCACUGUGGAUUAGUAACUCACGCCACGCUGUUAUUUUGCCUGCAGCUUGCCUGAGGUGAAAGAACGCUGGUUGGAUACACUUCACAGGAAAAUUAAAGCAGCAACAGAGAGGGCAGGUUCUAUCACACCCCUCCCAAGUGUUCUGAUGAAGGUGCUGAGCAACAGUAUCACAGCUAAAACUCUAACAGGAAGUGGCAUGGACCCGUUUAUCGAGUUUCCCCUUGUUGGCAGCACAAAGAUCCCCACCUUGCCCAGGGAGUUGUGUAACGCAAAAGCAACGCAGCCCAUUGAAAAGGGCGGCAACAGUAAGAGAAGCAUCAGCAUCUUGAGGAAAUUGAAGAGGAGUUCCACACUCAACAGCAUGUCCUCCUGUCCAGACACAGACUCCAAGAGCCAACUGUUUGGACAGCCUCUCUCCAAGAUCUGCCCAGAGGAUGGGAUGCUUCCCAAGCCCAUCACAGAGAUAUUGGUGCUUCUAUGGAAGAAAGGCCCCUCCACAGAGGGGGUGUUCAGGACGACAUGCAACAAUAAGACCCUGAAGGCCAUCAGGGAGCAGCUCAACAGUGGGACGGAGGUGGAGAUGGAUGCCCUGCCCGUGGUUCUCCUGGUGGGUCUACUCAAGAGUUUUCUGAACGAGCUCCCGGGACGUCUGCUAGUGUCGGAGCUGUUUGAGACCUGGAUGAAGGCCCUCGAGAGUGAGGAUGUCCACCAGAGAGGCUUGCAGCUCAAGAGGGUGGUUGACAAGCUACCAGGGCCCAACAUCCUGCUGCUGCGGAACCUUCUGUGUGUGUUCCACCACAUCACGAAGAGCGGGCACGCCAACAUGAUGGACGCCAAUAAUUUGGCGGUGUGCAUCGCUCCCACUCUGCUGCAGAAGGACGACAUGUCCUUAGACGUGCAGACCGUGGACAAGGUGAUAGAGCUGACAAAGUUCCUGAUAGAGCAUUGCAGUGAGAUCUUUGGAAAAGACAUCCUGAGCCUUUUGGGAGAUCCUGAUGAAGAUAGCUCAGAAUCUGUGUUGUCACAGCGGCACGACUCUGCAUAUGACAGCACUGACCCGGACUCUGAGGGGGACAGCAUGGGGUCCAUGCAGGGAGAGGGGGAAAGUGGCAGCUCGUCCCCAUCUCUCCUCUCCGCGUGCGGGAUGGAACAUGGCACUGUCCCCUCCUGCCCUACCAAUGCCAUCUUCCACACCUUCACCAACAAGACACCCUUUAACCGCCGCUGCUCAGAGCCAAUCAUCUUCCCCUCUGCUGGGAAAAGGAACCUGGCCCGUAGCCAUGACGACUUCUCCGUGGAGGGCCGAGACGUUGAGGAGCAGCCACUCAAAAAGCAGAUCUCUAAUGACUCCUUCCUGCUCCCGGGGCAUGGUGCCGCUACCAGGCCUGCCGCCACGCUGUCCCUUCCCAAACUCGGCGGCAGCCAUCCGUCAUGCUCGUCAUCCUGCUCCCUGGAGAGCACCACCUCCAAUGCAUCGGAGGGUUCUGUGUUUACCAGCUCGCCGCUGGCCUCCCCGGGCUGCCCACGCAGGGCUCAGUCCACACAUCCGAGGGUGGACACGGUGGAAGUGGCCAAGCGACGCACCCAGUCCAUGAAGGUGAACAGCAAAGCCCCGAUGACGACCAAGAACCUGGGAACCUUCGCCCGAAUCAGUCUGAAGAAAGGCCACCUCCAGAAGGAGAAACCUUUCCCCUGUGGAACCCUCCAGGAGGACUCCCAGAGUGAGGCCGAGGCUCCUCUCAGGCAGAAGCAUCCCCUGUCUGCCAUGGAGGCCUUCCAGCAGGUGGAUAGCAGACUGUCAUUGCAGCCCCCUUCGUACAAGCAGGCAGUCCAGAGUGUGGCUCAGCUCGCCCUGUCAGAUUACGGCUCCAUGACUGUCAAGGCCGCAGCCGCCACUCUUAGCAGGAAUUCCCGCCCAGCUUCUAUGAACGCAAACUUCAUGUACUCCUGCACCGUCAAUCAAUACACAGACUGCUUCUUUCAGGGGACAGACAGUGAUGAUGUCACCGCAGUCCAACAACAUUCCGGAGGGUUCCGCCAGCGAGCGAUGUCUGAGUCCGUGUCGAGAGCACGCCAUGAGACCAUGUCACACCAUGAAACUGUGUCACGGAGGUGCAGCCAGCCCGUAUUCGAGGAGUAUUCUUACGCCAAGGAGUCCUACGUUUAAUGACCCUUUUCUGACAUUACAUCUCACUUUUCACUUUGAAUGUACACAGCUAUAAUGUACAACUGCUAGGUUGAACUUGUUGAGGAGUACUGUUUAGAGUACAGAACGAAAGAUAUUUCACCUGAAAAGCUAUUAAUGAAGGUAGAUACUCCUCUAGUGUAUCUACAGAAAAGCUAUGUAAAUAAUCACAAUCUGAAUCUGCAGGUAUUUUGGAUAUAUCUCCUCUAGUUUUACUUUUGUUAAUAUACUCAUAUGUACUGUACAUAAAUGUGUAACUUUGUAAAAAUGUGUGUAUUUUUGUGUCUUGACUCUACAACAUAUUUCUUUCCACUACAAUAAAGCACCUUUAUGUUACAAUGUUA